AUGUUCAUAACUGGGAAGACCUGCUCACCUGGACCAGCUGCAGGACUCACCUGUACAGGUGGGGUCAGGUUGGUGGGACAGCCGAGCCGCUGUGCUGGUACUUUGGAGAUCCAACACCAGGGACACUGGAGACCAGUAGGAGACUACUAUAAACUCUGGGACCUGAAGUCUGGAUCUGCUGUGUGUCAGUAUCUGGACUGUGGAUCAGCUGUUUCAGUCGACAGAACAGAUGAUUCUCCACACAGACCUGUGUGGAGGGUCUCAGUUCCUUGUGUAAAGCUGACAUCUGGACCCAGGGACUGUGUUGAACUAUAUGAUCCCUCUAAUCUCUCAUCUGCUGUGGACGUGGUGUGUUCAGAUCUGCUGCCUCAGCCCAACAUCUCCCUGUCUGACGGGGUCUUUGAGGUCUACCGGCAGGGGUUCCGGGUGCUGGUGUUCUCCGACUUCACCGUCACCUGCUCCGUCCGACCGCAGUACCCGGGAGGCUCCUUCCGGCUGAUCUCCGACACCGAGAAGCCCCUGAACCUCACCCUGCCGGCCGUCAAUCACUCCGCCCACUUCCUGUUGUCCUCCAUGGGCUACGCCCACCGAGGGAACUACACAUGUGUUUAUCACGUGGACGUUUAUAACCGCAGCUUCACGUCGUCUCAGAGCCCCGCCCUCUAUCUGACUGUGGGAGACUUGGUGACAAAUCUGAUCAUCAGGGUGGUUGUGGUCCACUUCCUCCUGAUCACAGGGACCAUCUGCCUCUUCUUCUACUGUCGGGCCAGGGGGGGGCGGAGCCGACUGAAGGCACGCAACACACCAUGAGAGACACCGACACAGUCUACGAACACAGUCUACGAACACAGUCUACGACCACAGUCUACGAACACAGACUACGACCACAGUCUACGAACACAGUCUACGAACACAGUCUACGAACACAGUCUACAAACACAGUCUACGUCCACGUCCUCGUCCAUCCUGCAGAAUAGUUGUGUGUGUUGUUUGUGUCCCAGUCCCAGUUCUGGUCCUGGAGUCCUGGUCCGGUCUGAAUGUUCAGUGUGUUUGUGUUUCAGCGGUUCCUGGUUCUUCUUGGACUUGGACUCGUACCUGUUCGGUCCUGGGUUAGG